GAUGCAGGAGGGGGCAUCUGGUGGUGCUAGACUGGAAAGCUGAGGCAGGAGCUGAGGAAGGAUCUUUAGACUCCGGAGAGCCUGGACUCCUUUCUUCUUCCCCUUCCCUGCUUCUGGCUAGCUCCGUCCCUUUCCUCUGCCCGCACCACUUCCUGAGACCCGCUGGAGAGUGGGGCGGGGGACCUGGACCGCGCCGCUCCGGAGUUCUGGGAAGUUGUGGCUGUCGAGGAUGGGGGUCUGUGGGUACCUGUUCCUGCCCUGGAAGUGCCUCGUGGUCGUGUCUCUCAGGCUGCUGUUCCUUGUACCCACAGGAGUGCCGGUGCGCAGCGGAGAUGCCACCUUCCCCAAAGCUAUGGACAACGUGACGGUCCGGCAGGGGGAGAGCGCCACCCUCAGGUGUACCAUAGACGAUCGGGUCACCCGGGUGGCCUGGUUGAACCGCAGCACCAUUCUCUACGCCGGGAAUGACAAGUGGUCCAUAGACCCUCGUGUGAUCAUCCUGGUCAACACCCCAACCCAGUACAGCAUCAUGAUCCAGAACGUGGACGUGUACGACGAGGGCCCGUACACCUGCUCCGUGCAGACAGACAACCACCCCAAGACCUCAAGGGUGCAUCUCAUAGUGCAAGUUCCCCCACAGAUCAUGAAUAUCUCCUCGGAUGUAACUGUGAAUGAGGGAAGCAGCGUUACUCUACUGUGUCUUGCUAUUGGCCGACCUGAGCCAACCGUGACCUGGAGACACCUCUCAGUCAAGGGUCAGGGCUUUGUGAGUGAGGAUGAAUACCUGGAAAUCUCUGACAUCAAACGUGACCAGUCUGGGGAGUAUGAAUGCAGCGCCUUGAAUGAUGUUGCUGCACCUGAUGUGCGGAAAGUAAAAAUCACUGUAAACUACCCUCCCUACAUCUCAAAAGCCAAGAACACUGGUGUCUCAGUUGGUCAGAAGGGCAUCUUGAGCUGUGAAGCCUCUGCGGUGCCUACAGCUGAAUUCCAGUGGUUCAAGGAAGAAACCAGGCUAGCCACCGGCCUGGAUGGCAUGAGGAUUGAGAACAAAGGCCGCAUAUCCACUCUGACUUUCUUCAAUGUUUCAGAAAAGGAUUAUGGGAACUAUACUUGCGUGGCCACAAACAAGCUUGGAAACACCAACGCCAGCAUCACACUGUAUGGCAGCUCCUCCAGUGGCUUUGAGGAAGAAUGUCCUCAGCUCUCCGUGUUCAGAGUAGAUCCAGCAGGCGAACAAGAGCUGACCUGACCUUUCUGCAUUAUCUCCUGGGACAGGAUGGGCUCAGACAGCAAGGAGACCUGUGAUCCAAAAGAAUGGCAUUGAAAACUACACAAGGUAGUGCCUCUCUUUACCUGUGCUGCAGGGACUGACCUACUGAGAGGAUGAGCAAGAGGCUUCAACAUUCUCACAGACCUGCCCUGCCUCGUUCGGAAAACUCUUUCAGGUCCACACCCUAAAAAAUAAUAAAUACAAACUCUGUAGAGUUUAUUUCCUCAGUGCUUAAUUGAUACUCUUCUUCCAAUAUAAGUGGCCUCUGUUUCCAUUCACGAUGAGAUACACAGUGGGGGUUCAUAUAUACAAAUAUACAUGAAUACAUGUAUACAUAUACAUACAUCUAUGUGUAUAUAUGUACAUACACUCACAGAUGUAGGCUUUUUGGCAUACAAAAAACUAGGCAUUAUCAUUAGACUUAGAGCUGGUGAGAGUGAAAUGACUAUUACAUUUUCUGACUAUGAACAGAUAUCUGCAUUUCUCAUGAUCUGCCAGGACAUCCAUAAAGGAUGUCCCCAAAGUAGUAUAUCCCUUCUGGGCCCCAGGGACAGUCACUAACAGUCUGGGAGUCAGUAUCAGGUAGGACACUGUGUUUUAGCUCUGUCACCACACUCAGCACCAGGAGUAGGGUUGCUGACAGACAUCGUAUGAGAACUGAAGGUGUCAUGUGUGAGUUCUACCAAUGAUACAUGUGUUACUCUGCAGUAUUAAUGAGUGGAGGCUGAGGGAGUGGAUGGUCUGGAGAACACAGUGCUUGCCAUGCUCUUCACUCCUAGACUUGCUCUUGAGGGGAGUCUUUCCUCCUCUGGCCAGGAAAAUCACCAGAAACUUUGGGACACAAGCAAGCCAGGUCUCAGAGUUACUGUGGAACUCGGCUCUGCCCUUGUCUCUGGUGGUUACCAAUUCCAGCCACGUUUCAAAGAGAAAAACUCCGACAGUCAAUCCGCAUCUGUCUGGAAUAAGGAAAACCAAGUAAAUAAGACCCAAGGAAACUGGGACACUGGGAAAAGUGAUGACUCUUCACAACAAAAGUUCCAGUUGCUGUGCUGCUUGGGUCACAUGAGUGGGGAUGGAUGCUCGUGACCAUAGCUGCUACUGGACAUUUUGAAGCCAAUAAACCAGUAACUGCUUACUAAAGACACUAUCCACACUUCCAUAUGCUCUUAUCACUUCAACUAUGGAGCGGAGAUGGAUAAGCCCAGCUGGAUAGAUUUUUUUUUUCAA